AUAGGCGUGGGAGAUCAUGGAAUAUCUAUUUUUUUUUUGAGCCCAGAUCAAGUCUGACUACUCCUCCUAUCCAACUUCCUGAUUCUCGUUGUUCUAUUCCUCUUCUAUAAACGAAAGAUCACAUACAAAUCUGAAAUGGCUGCCGAAGAUACCAAGAAGGAGGAGCCCGCUGUCGAGACCAAGACGGAGACCCCUGCCGCUGCUCCCGCGACCAAUGUGUUUAGCAUGUUUGGUGGAGCCCCGUCCACCACCUCUGCCUUCUCGCUCGACAAGAAGGAGAAGGAGACCAAGCCCGCUGCUGAGGAUGCUGCCGCUGAGCAGAACGACGACGAAGCCCCUGCUUCCCCCGAUGUUCACUUCGAGCCCGUCGUCAAGCUCGAGAAGGUCGAGGUUAAGACUAACGAAGAGGAGGAAGAGGCCAUUUUCAAGAUUCGCGCGAAGCUUUUCCGUUUUGAUACCACGAACGAGCCCGGCGAGUGGAAAGAGCGAGGAACUGGUGAUGUUCGAUUCUUGCAGCACCGAGAGAGCCGAAAGGUCAGAUUAGUGAUGCGACGAGAUAAGACCUUGAAGACCUGCGCCAACCACUACAUCCUUCCCGCCAUGAAGCUCUCGCCUAAUGUCGGUAGCGAUCGAAGCUGGGUCUACAAUGUCUCUGCUGAUAUCAGUGAAGGCGCCCCCGAGGCGAUGACUCUCGCCAUCCGAUUUGGCAACUCAGAAAAUGCCAACUUGUUCAAGGAGAAGUUCACAGAAGCCCAGGAGCUCAACGAGAAGGCUUUCGCCAAGUAGAUAUAUUAUCAGACAGAGGUGCAAGGUGUGGAGUGUUACAUAGUAUACGAAUAAACAGUCUAUUGAGUUGCUAUGAAAGAUAUACAAGUGGCUGAGGGUGGGAGACGGAGUUGAUGAAGAAGUUGCGGUAGAUCUCGUAGAUCAUGAUGCAGAGCGCCUAAGCGGUAGCAAAUACAACGAGCCUCUAAUUCAGCUUAUCAUUUCAAUGUCUUCUGCAAGAUAUCAAAGUAUUUUGAACAUGUAUUCAUUCAUUGUAUUGUCAAAAGGAUCUAUCUGGGUGGACACCGAGUAGGCAAAAUAGGGCAAGGGCGCGAGAGUCCAAAGCCGCCGUGACAGCGCUGACGAAGGCGGCAUUUGC